AUGCCUCCAACCACUCGGCUCCAAAGCCGCGUCGAGCAGGACUCGAGCGCUGAGUCGGACAGUGACUCCAGCGAAUCCGUCUAUGACGAGCGCACAGGACGCUUGGUAUUCCCUUCGAAGCUUACUUAUUCUCUUGAGCGGCUUGACGCACAUGCUAGACAGGAAGUCAAGGACGCCCUGGACUCGCCAACGCAACUGGUGCUACAGGACUGCGUGUCAAGAGGCGGAGACCAGGCCAUGAUGAUCUUCGAAGUUACUGAAUUAGUCGACUACACCAUCAGGACGGGCACGGAGAAGAGCCAGUUUCCCACUCCGGAUUGCUCCUGUGAUGAAAAACCCACGUGCAGGCACAUCCUGUGGCUAUUCGACCAGGUGUCGAAGCAAGUCUUGGAUGAUGAUGGCGAGCCCCUGACACUGACCACCGGCGGGUAUGCGGCGGAACUCGGCAGACCUUACGAUGCGAUUUCUGACUUCCACCUCGACGUCCUGGCCGAAUCUCUUCACUCCCAGGUAUCCUCAAUGACGGGCCGUACACGUCCCAAUCCUCGACGAGUACAGGAAGUCCGCGAGAUCCUGGCUUCCCUCAACUCAACUCCCAUUGACGAAUACCGCCCUGAUCUCUUCCACAAUCCCCGGAUGAACCAGAAGGUCAUCAAGAGGCGGGACCUCGAAGGCACCAUUUUUCGAAUGCUGCUGCGCAACAACGAAUUCUUCCACUAUUUCCUCUCCUCCAUGAGAACCGACGAGCUUGUGAACAAUCCCUUCAGGAGACUCCAGCAACGAGCAGACGCUGCCUUUAAGUGCUUCGACGCGUACGCCCAAGACGAAUCACAGUGGGCGUCAGCCAAGCCCAAGAAUGCCGUGUGGUGUUCGAACCACCUGGUGCUCAUCAUGAACCAGGUGCACACCAUUGUCGCACAUGCGAUCCGGGCAUUGGCUGACUGGAAGUAUCGAGGAGCUGCUCGCGUUCUAGUCCAUAUUCUCGAGGGAGUUGCUGUGCGCAACAGAGAUGUCGGUCCGCAAAGUCAAGCCAAGGCACAGCGAAACCUGUUCUUCAGAUUGAUCGGCGACAAGGAUAGGGACUUCGUGCUCAACGUUUUCAAAGAUAUGCCACCCAACGCAUUCAGUCAGCUUAUUGGAAACCUAGAACAGGUUCUAGGCGAAAUCAGCAAGCAUGGCCCUCCCGUCACCUAUGUCGACAAGCUAGCCAAUCACAUCAAACGGUCGCGGAGUUCGGGUGCCAAUACCUCUGGUUCGAAGCGCCAAGGCGGAGGCCAAGAUAGGAGCGCGAAACGGAUGAAGUAA